CUUCCAAUUGAAAGUUACGUCAGUGUCAACAAUUCACACUCACCUCCGCAAUCUUGGCUUGAGACAUCGAUAUUCAAUCACGAGCAAAUCUGCAUCCCGAGCGACGACAUAAAUCAAGCAUACCUUUUGCUUCAGCAACUAUGUCUGUUGAGACAAUCACAACCAUCUCUCCUGUCACGAACAAGCCCGUCGCUACACGUAGUGGCUUAAGUGAUGCUGAUAUCGAGGCAAUUCCUGAGCUUGCGACUGAAGCCUUCCAGUCAUGGCGUAAGACGCCACUUAAAGAGAGACAAACUAUUGUCAGGACUGCCCUUGCGUUGCUAGAGGGAAAGCAAGAUGAGCUGGCGAAAGAGUUGACUGAACAGAUGGGUAGGCCCAUCGCGUAUACCGCCAAAGAAGUUAGCACUGCUGUUGCUCGUGGUAGAUACCUCCUGAAGAUCAGCGACGAGGCUUUGAGUGAUACAGAUGGGGAGCCCGAGAAGGGGUUUAAGCGAUACAUUAAGAAAGUGCCAAUAGGUCCUGUAUUGGUGCUAUUCGCUUGGAAUUAUCCCUACCUGAUCCUCAUAAAUUCCAUAAUCCCGGCGCUACUUUCCGGGAACUCUAUCAUCCUCAAGCCAUCCCCUCAAACGCCAACCGUCGUGGAGCAAAUUGCCGUUAUCUUCAAGAAGGCCGGGCUACCUGACAACAUCAUACAAUAUUUCCACAGUGGGUCGUUUACUCAGAUAGAGACACUUAUACGUGCACCUGCAAUUCAAUUGGUAUGUUUCACUGGCUCGGUUGCCGGCGGAUUGGCUGUACAACGGGCUGCUAGCGACCGAGUUGCAGUCCGGGUGGGCCUCGAACUGGGUGGGAAAGACCCGGCAUAUGUUAGAUCGGAUGUCGAUGUGGCAUGGGCUGCUGACGAGAUCGUUGACGGAGCAAUCUUCAAUUCUGGACAGAGUUGUUGCAGCCUCGAAAGGAUAUAUGUCGACGAAAAAAUCCAUGACCAAUUUGUGUCGGCUGUGCAAGAAGUGUUAAAAGGCUACAAAUUGGGAGAUCCAUUCGACAAAAACACCAAUAUUGGGCCUGUUGUAUCGAAGAGAUCGGUCGAGACCAUUCGUAUGCAUGUCAAAGACGCAUUAGAGAAGGGCGCAAAAGACAUGACCCCUGAAAACGAGACAUUCACGAGCCCACCAGGGGAUGGCAAUUAUGUCGCACCCAUCCUUCUCACCAAUGUUGACCACAGCAUGGUGGUGAUGACCGAGGAGACCUUUGGACCUGUGAUACCUGUCAUGAAGGUGAAAGGUGAUCAGGAAGCUAUCAAGCUCAUGAAUGAUAGUCAGUUUGGUCUUACCGCCAGCAUCUGGACCAAAGAUACCGACAAGGGCAAUGAGAUCGCUGAGGAAGUAGAAGCUGGAACGGUCUUUGUUAAUCGUGCCGAUUUUCCAAGCCCAGACCUCGCUUGGAUUGGAUGGAAGAAUUCUGGUAAGGGCCAAACCCUUAGCAAGUUUGGCUUCGACCAGUUUGUGAAGCUCAAGAGCUACCACAUCAAGCAAUAUCCAAAAUGAGGGUACGAAUGUAAUGCAAUGCCAUCAAUAAAACCCUAAUGAGGCAUGUCAGUGAACUUCACAUCACUGACCUGUGAAGGAUUACCUCGGCAAGGUAUUUCCAAAGAUUGGAUGUACGUUUGCCAUCACUUUCAAGGGUCUUCCAAGCAUGGAUGCAGAUGUGGAAAAGAUCGGAGAUCUAGGUGGAACCUAUGAAAAAGUUAAGAAAGAUUUGUUAACUUAAGAACAAUGAAAGUGGUCUUUCUACCGAAAUGGAGUGCAUCGAGAUCUAUAAGUGUCUUAUCUAGAGCUAUGAAAACCGCUGCGAUUAUGCUAGAAGUAUGCUCUGAGUAGGGUAGUCGGCAGAUCUUACCCAGUAGAAGACGAAUAUCCUUAUAGACCAGCUU